GGCUGGAGAGUUGCCGGCGGAGCGCGGAUUCAGGAGCUGCCGUCCGCGCGUGCCGGGGAGGGCGCGAGGUGCUUUCCCCCUCAGCCGCGAGGAGCGGGAUGGCGGCUUCGGGCGGGCGCUGAGCGGAGCGGGACGAAGCCAGCCGCCGCCUCCUGAGGGGGACCAUGCCGUCGGGAAGGGAGCCGUGCGCCCCUCGGCUGCGGGAUCCGAGGGGGGCGGCCGCCCUGCCAGCCCCCGGUAGCGCCUGAGCCCGGGGCCGCGCCGCACUGCCCCCGCGCAUCGCCAUGGACGAGCGUUCCAACAGGUGGCUGCUGCCGCCGCUGCUGGCCCUGCUCUUCUUGCUCAUCGUCUACCAGUACGUGUCGCCCGCCUGCCCCGGCGCCGCCUGCCCCCACCGCCCGCCGGCCUCCGCCGCCCGCCGCGGGGGGGGCCCGGCGGAGCGGGAGGAGGAGGAGGUGGUGGCGGGCGCCGCGGAGGAGGAGGAGGCGGCUGCGGCGGCAGCGCUGCCGCGGCUGGUGGCCAAGUUCCCGUUCGCGCGUGGGGAGCUGUGCCGGCGGGUGCGGUUCGACAUGCGGGGCCGCGACGUGAUCGUCUUCCUCCACAUCCAGAAGACGGGCGGCACCACCUUCGGGCGGCACCUGGUGCGCAACAUCCGCCUGGAGCAGCCCUGCUACUGCCGGGCCGGGCAGAAGAAGUGCGCCUGCCACCGCCCGGGCGGCGACAAGGACACCUGGCUCUUCUCCCGCUUCUCCACCGGCUGGAGCUGCGGGCUGCACGCCGACUGGACCGAACUCACCAGCUGCGUGCCCGCCGCCAUGGAGCGCCGGGGCUGCGCCGGCAACCGCACCCUCAGGAAUUUCUAUUACAUCACGAUGCUGAGGGAUCCGGUGUCACGGUAUUUGAGUGAAUGGAAACAUGUCCAGAGGGGUGCGACGUGGAAAACUUCCCUUCAUAUGUGCGAUGGAAGAAGCCCAACACCAGACGAGCUGCCUACCUGUUACGAAGGAGACGACUGGUCUGGAGUCAGUUUACAGGAAUUCAUGGAUUGUAGCUACAACUUGGCCAACAACCGCCAGGUGCGCAUGCUCGCAGACCUCAGCCUGGUGGGAUGCUACAACUUGACUUUCAUGAAUGAGAGUGAAAGAAAUAUGAUUCUUCUCCAAAGCGCCAAGAACAAUCUGAAAAACAUGGCCUUCUUCGGGCUCACGGAAUUUCAGAGGAAAACGCAGUAUCUCUUUGAGAGGACAUUCAACCUGAAAUUCAUUUCCCCAUUCACCCAAUUCAACGUUACGCGGGCCUCCAAUGUGGACAUCGGUGAGGAUGUGCGGCAACGGAUAGAGGACCUGAAUUUCCUGGACGUGCAGCUUUACGAAUACGCGAAGGACCUGUUCUUGCAGCGCUUCCAGUACUCCAAGCAAGAGGAGCAUCAGCAGAACCGGCUAAAGAGGCGAGAGGAGCGGCGGCUGCUGCGGGAGCAGAGAGCUCACCAGUGGCCAAGGGAUGAGGCAGCAGAAGUAACCGUCACUGAAGAUUAUAAUAGUCAGGUCGCAAGGUGGUGACGCUCCUCCAUCUUGACUAACCGAUGAGAGGAUCAGAGAGUUUGUGCAACUUGGCUACCUGGGAAUUAGCCAAGGAAAGCCUACCACUUUGGUAAAUGAGACGGCGUCUGACAACUACCCCUCCUUGUCUCUGUUUUUCUUGGUUUCUGCCCGUGAGGAGAAUGUAUUUUUUUUCUCAGUCGGCAUUAAUUAGCGUUAUUAAAUGGCAGUAGAAUAGAUUCCUGUCCAAAAAGACUUUCUUCAAAGCCCUAAGCUAUGAGGAUGGUUUGAAGAGAGAGUGUUACCAGAUGUACCCUAUACAAUCUGAGCUACCAAAACUUGUGCAGACGUGAAUGAAAAAUAGAAAAAAAAUAUCUUUUUUGGUUUCUCUGUGACAUGAGGUUUAUUUCAUACAGUCCUUUGCAACUGUAGUGCAUAGCUUUCUAGUGAACGAAAUGGAGGAAAGCGUAUUGCCCUUCAAACCUCUACAUGCUGUGUUUUCAUUAAGGGAAGAAUUUGCUGAGGUGAUUAAAAAAGACCUAGGAAAUACGGGACUGAGUUCUAGAGAACCUAAGAAAUGCUUGUCCUGUUCUGUUAGCCAGCAAUCAGAGAUGGUUUGUAAGGAAGUGAUGGGGAGGUUAGCUUAUUUCUCCGUGGAUGAUGAGAGUUCCAAGCCCAGCCAGGUAGCAGCCGUCUUUCUGAGCACGUGUGGCAAAGGGAAAGCCUCAAGAAAUGAGGUCCACGCAGUAGCUGGGCACACAUCGUGGAAAUUAUCUGUCUGGAGGCAAUGAAAUCAGCCUUCGCAUUCACAAAAGGUGAAGAGGGGCCAAGCAAACUACAGGGAAGAGGAAAGAGAGGAGGAAAAGCUUAAAUAUUAGUGUGACAUUUUCCAGAUUUGCUGUAAAAGCCUGGAGAUAGAUUGUCUGUGAAGGUAGGCAGGUUUAUGAUAUUGUCUGUUAAAAUACAUUGAUGCCAAGUGAAUACCAUUUAAAUUGGUUUUCUGUCUAACUACAGUAGUGGCUAGAAAAAAAAAUCAGAUUUCAUUUUUAUAGGAUACAUAAUGGAUAUGUGGAAAGUCUUGAUAUUUAUUACUCUGUAUGAAGAUUCUUCGUAAAUUUAUUGCUUUCCUGAUGAGAGAUCUGUAUCUGUUUUUCUUCCUUGCCUAGAAAAAGAUUCAAUGGGUUCUUCCUCCACAUGUUGCAUCCUUGUGGCAAAACUGCAUCUAUUUAUUCCGAGAUUUUAUGUUGUUCCAUUCGUAAUAGUGAAAUUUUAAAAAGAGGGUCCUGUGCACCAUAGAUCUUUUGAGAGAGUUUUUUUCCUUCUUCUUCUAGCAUAAAUGUAAAGCAUUAGGAGGAAAUUUCUCUAAGUGCCUCAACGUGGCUGCUAAAUCGAGAUGCUGAAAGUAUAUUACUGCAUGCAUGAAUGGCUUUUACCUUACAGAUUUGCUAAUUAGAACUGCCGGAGUACCUGAUGCGGAUGCACAUUUCUCAUUUAUUUUCAAAAUUCAAAGUUUUAUCCAGUCGUUAAAAAAUAAUGUUACAGAAAAAAGAGGCUGAAUUUGCAAAUUUGUCCUUUCAUUUCCAAGUCUUUUUUUUUUUUUUUGUAGUGCAUGCUGUGUCUUCUUUUCUUCUGACGAUGCUAUUGCUACUUCUCUAUGCACAAUAUGAAAAAUAUGAUCUAACAAUCCUGUGGAGAGUUAAUGCAUACAGUAAUACAUUAAACAUGGAAUAUCAUAAUGGCUAUUAAGUAGUGAAGAGGGCUACCAGGAUGAUGCCUCAUUAUCAGUGUAGUUUAUUAGCAAUAUGCUGCUUUACGCCUGAUUGUCAGUGUGCUACUUUUGGGCUGAGUAGCAGCAGGUUUUGGUCCCUAAUACCUGUUCCACUGGUGGACCAUGUGCAUCUCCUCCCACCUCUGCAUUCAGAAGGCAGAACGUGGCACAGCAGAUCGUUAUUCUCCUGGCCGAGCGUGGGAUGUCUGCCUUAGAGAAGAGCAAGGAGCUCUCUAGACUCCCUGGACACCUGCUUGGAUCCCCGUCACCUGGAAGAGGCACUGAGACACCUCGCUCACGUAGGGACGCCUGCCUUCAGAAGUGAAAUUACAUUGAAAUGUUUACCGUCUAGGACCGAAGCUCGCUCUGGGUAUCCUGGCUGCAGGAUGGCGAGGCCAUGAAGAGCUAAGCCUGAGUGGUAUUAUUGCACCUUUAGUGCAGCGCAGGUAAUUCUCAGCGAGCUGCCAUCUUACUCACUGGCACCGGGGCUUCAGGCUGGGCUGGCUCUGUCCCUGCGGAGGCAAGGAGCUUUCUGGCUGGCGAUGCAGGGAUGAUGGGGAUCUGGUGACGCAGGGAUGACAGGGAGCUGCUGCUCCCCGUUCCCACGCCCGUUGCUGCAUCUUGCUGCAGACCCCGCAACAAGAGAGGGGAAGGAUUCCUUUGGAACCCCACAUCCAGGAUUUGCAGGUGUGCUCCUUGUUUCCAUGAGUGCAGGGGGCUGUGCGUGCUGGGGGGGCCCUAGAGGACCCCCCCCCAG